AGCUAUUUUCAAAGAAAAUACCCUACAAAAGCAAGAUCGCGGUGGCCUGGUAAUGAGAGAAAUGCGAAUAAGAGUGUCACGCAAUGAAAAUGAGCGUCCUUCCGUGACUAGAAGAUGGCUUACGCCACGUCCAUUGUAUACUUCACAGUUCGGACUUUUUUAACGUUUACGAUGCUAAACCAAGAGAACAGACAGGGUGCAAGUUAGUUGUGAAGUGUUGACUGCAAAAUGAUCAGUUCAAUCCUGUCAAGUGGAAAACGGCUGUAUUUUCACCUCUCUAACCGGCGAUCGUUCAUAACAAGACAUCCCUUUAUCUUCCUGAUAUUUGUAUUCAUCGUGGUUACACUUGCUGUUCUGCACUUCUUUAUAAUUCCCACAGCGAGCGGGACAUAUAACGAUGAAUGCUAUUUACCCCAAGACAAAUUAAACAACCUUCGUUACGCGAUUAAAACCAUUUGCGAGACAAUGGAUGCCCAUAAUAUGACCUACUGGCUCGAUUACGGGACCUUGCUUGGUGCAGUAAGGCGUGGUGAUGUCCUACCUUGGGACGGGGAUGCCGAUAUAUCGUUCCUCAGGGACCAAGAGAAAUACGUCGUCCACGAGGAACUCAUCAAGAUCCAUGGUAUCCAGUCUAAUGAACUACAAGCGAACUACAAAGGCCUCUCUAUCGACUAUGUAAGAUGGGAGGAGAUUGAAGGCUCUUAUAGCGGUCAAAAGCAGACACUUCUACAUAAAUAUUACCCGUCGUUUGUCCUAAAGAACGAGAAUAUGCUCGUAUUGUGGAACCAUGAGCUCGACACCUUCCCCAAGGCCUGGGUGAGCCCUAGGAAGAGAAUAGAUUUCCAGGGUUCUCAGUUAGCGAUACCGAGUGAUCCGCAUAGGCACUUGGCUCAUAGGUACCCUACCACAUACUGGCAUGGCUUUUCUGUGCCCUUUAAGUGGAAGUGUUAUGUUCCGUGCUUUGUAAUGCGUGCGAAUGGGUGCCCGUGACGACCUGGAGAAAAAGGGGCCUACCAGAGGAGGUAGCGCAGAAGUGACGGAUCAAGGGUGUGUGUGGUGACCAUGCUCGAGGAUUCACGAAAAGUACGCUGGAUCCUCGGGCAAGGGUGGAGGCUGGAUUUGGCUGUCCCUUCUGGGUGAACUUUUAAAAGUAAUUGAAGGGAGUUAAAAUCUUCCGACAUAUGUUUUGUGUAUCCCCCCGUCCCCAACUUGAGUAUAGGGGUUGAUGUAGAAAACAGGUGAGGUAGGAGAGAGUGUGAGGCGAAUAAGGGGCAGAUUAUUUGAUAGGGGGGCAUACCCCCUAAAAAACGAACAGAUAAACUAAAGCAAAACACAGCCAAGGCCUAUCAAAAGAAGUAACAAGCUAUUUGUGAAAAAUAUCGAGCGGGAAAAUGCAGCAACUUCCCCGUCACUCAAAUGAUCGGCCCACGCAAUUAGAUUCGCAACCGAUGGAUAAUAGAUUUCACGAGACUCUUUUUUUUUACAACCCUCAAGGGUCUUCUGGGUAAUUUUUCUAAACAGCUAGUCAGCUAGCCCCCAAACCCUGACCGAGUAAAACCUAGGAAUGAGGUCAUGCAUUUAACACCGCAACGUUAUUUACAUCGGUAGUCACGUGACCGUAGUUCGAUCUUCGAAAAUACAACAUCAAGAAUGGAAUGCAUGCCGCGCAAAGGAUUGUGGCUCCUGAUAUGUAGAAUGUGUCGGCGUAGGAAUGCGUGACGUCAGCAACCAAACCUUGGGAGAAAAAAAAGUCCAUCAGAUGUAAGGUUUUCUAGCAUGGUGGAUACAGUUUGAUAGUUUUGAAGGUGAUACCUAUCUAGCUCUCUUGCUGUUAUAUUCUCGCUUGCUACAGUGGCCACCAAAGUAUCAUAGUGCGACGCACGUUCCUGGGCCAACAUCAAAGUAUCAUAGUGCGACGCACGCUACUGGGCCAACAUCAAAGUAUCAUAGUGCGACGCACGCUACUGGGCCAACAUCAAAGUAUCAUAGUGCGACGCACGCUACUGGGCCAACAUCAAAGUAUCAUAGUGCGACGCACGUUCCUGGGCCAACAUCAAAGUAUCAUAGUGCGACGCACGGUACUGGACCAACAUCAAAGUAUCAUAGUGCGACGCACGCUACUGGGCCAACAUCAAAGUAACAUAGUGCGACGCACGCUACUGGGCCAACAUCAAAGUAUCAUAGUGCGACGCACGCUACUGGGCCAACAUCAAAGUAUCAUAGUGCGACGCACGCUACUGGGCCAACAUCAAAGUAUCAUAGUGCGACGCACGCUACUGGGCCAACAUCAAAGUAUCAUAGUGCGACGCACGCUAGUGAAACAACAUCAAAAUAACAUAGUGCGACGCACGUUCCUGGGCCAACAUCAAAGUAUCAUAGUGCGACGCACGCUAAUGGGCCACCAACAAAGUAACAUAGUGCGACACACGCUACUGGGCCAACAUCAAAGUAUCAUAGUGCGACGCACGCUACUGGGCCAACAUCAAAGUAUCAUAGUGCGACGCACGCUAGUGAAACAACAUCAAAGUAACAUAGUGCGACGCACGUUCCUGGGCCAACAUCAAAGUAUCAUAGUGCGACGCACGCUAAUGGGCCACCAACAAAGUAACAUAGUGCGACGCAUGCUUCCGUUGGUUUAUUUGUCAAAACUAUCAAGGUGACCUCGCCAACGCGCGUCUCACUGUAACAGAGUCACCUUUAAAGGCAGUGUGUACAAAUAAACAUACACUACCAUA